GAGAUUCAGUGUUGAGAUAGCAAAAAUUCUGCCCCUGGUUCCCUGUCAGGGCCCUAUGAUUUAUGCAGGAGCAGAGGCAGCACGCAAUCGAGCUGUCAAGAGAGCGUCAGCUUAUUAGGCAAAUGCUGCGUGGUUUCUGAAGAGGGUCGACACUAUAAAAUCCCACUCCAGUCUGCGGUGUGGAGAAACUCAGAGCUCAAGUCUGUUGAGAGACUGAAGAGAAAGAGAAGAGAGAAAGAAAAAGACAGUGGGAACAGAAGAGAAAACCCCUGAAAAAGCCUCGGAGACGUCCCGGGGGUGAGCAGCACCCGGCUCACCUGCAGAAGAGCCUCAGAAGCUAGCGCCCCUAACAUGAGACUGCCGCUGCUCGUGUCCUUGGGCGUCCUGCUGGUGGCUUUCUUGCCCUGCCCGCCAUGCAGGGCCCUCCUCAGCCGGGGGCCUGUCCCCGGCGCCCGGCAGGACCCACAGCUUCCCCAACCUCUGGAUUUCUUCCAGCCGCCGCUGCAGCCCCAGCAGCCCCAGCAGCCGCAGGCUCGGCCAGUCCUGCUCCGCAUGGGGGAGGAAUACUUCCUCCGCCUGGGUAAUCUCAACAAGAGCCCCGCUGCUCCCCUGUCGCCUGCCUCCUCGCUUCUCUCUGGCAACAGCGGCAGCCGCAUUUCCCCGGACGAGGUGGCUGCCAACUUUUUCCGUGCGUUGCUGCAACAGCUGUCGCUGCCCCGGCGCCCGCUCGACAGCCCUGCGGGUCCCGCGGAGCGCGGCGCCGAGAACGACCUCGGUGGCCGCCAGGAGGCACCGGAGAGGGAGAGGAGAUCCGAGGAACCUCCCAUCUCGCUGGAUCUCACCUUCCACCUCCUCCGAGAAGUCUUGGAAAUGGCCAGGGCUGAGCAGUUAGCGCAGCAAGCUCACAACAACAGGAAACUGAUGGAGAUUAUUGGGAAAUGAAAUGGUGCGUUUGGCCAAGAAGAUUCUGCAUUUAACACAAAAAUUACAAAAUAAAAUAAAAUAAUACAGUAUUCUGUACCAUAGCGUUGCUCUGAUACCAUUUGUUUAUUUUUAUAUAGCUUGAAACAGAGGAUGUACAGCAAGAGUGCCUAUACUCCUUAAUCAGCAUGCACAAAGUGAAUUCACGUGCAGUAAGGCAACAAAAUGUUAUUUGUAUUGCCUACUUUUAGUUUCCAUUUCCAGGUAUGUUUAAUGGUGUUUUAGAGUAUAGACACAGAAGGAAACUUUUUUUUUUGAAGAAGCAACAGCAGACAGAAGUCACCAAAUUGACUUUGUUGUGGUCUGAGCCAAAGAGAAUGUCCUUCUCUUGGGUGGGUGAGACAAAAUCUGUAAGCUCUUUGAAUCCACGUUUCCUUGUAAAUGUUUCAGUAAUAAAACAUCUUUCCACUCCUCAGUCAAUUUGUUUGUGUAAGAGAAUGUUCAAUAUUUAUAUUUUUAAUAAAUGCUACAAAGGUAAUCAUG